UGUUUCAGUAUUUGUGUACUAUUUCAUUUUGCUAUUGAUUUUUCAAAAUUUCCAUUUUUGGGUAUUGUGUAUUAUGCUGGUUUGGUUAGAUAAAGAAUGUUCUAGUGAAAAUCUUGAAUGCAUGUUGACUUUAAAGUCAAAGAUAUGUCCUUUUUUAGAUAAUUUUGGGUAAAGUUGCUAUUUUUAUUGGUUUUCUGUAUAUUUGCUGUUUAUGGGUUGUGAUAAGAAACUGAGUUUAUUCUUCUAAUAGCAACAUUUGUAGAGUGGUGCUGUUGAUGCAAUAAAGAUCUGAAAAUUUUGUUGACUUUUUUCAUGAUUUUGUGUUCUUGUUUUUGAUCUAGUGUUUUUCUCCUUUUGUUUUCUGGGGUUAUGAAAAGUGGUUUCUGAUAAAUUGCCAUUUUGAUCAAGUCAUGAUCUUCAGGGCAUAAGUUUCUUUUGAUGUUAGAACAAGAUGCAUGCGGGUUUUUUAUUUAAAUUUUAAUACCAGGUUAGUAAUUUUGACGAGGAGCAUAAAUUUAUGUGUAAAAGUCCACUAAAAUUACAACAAACAGUAGAUAUGAAUCCAUAACUUUAAGAAUACGAUGGAUUCAAUGCUAAAGAUCUUAGAGGUUCAACCCAUAGAGUUGAAAUCCUGGUCCAGCUCUUUAUGGUCAGUGAGGAUUUAUAUAGUCGACCCCCGCUUGUUUGGACUGAGGGUUAGUUCUUGUCAUUGUUGUUUUUGUAAUUGGUAUAGCUGAUUCCAUUUUAGGUGGUCAUUUUGCUAUUUGUUCCUAGCCUUUAUGUUUUUAGGGUCUAUAUCUAUGAAUGGACUAUAUUAGGUUGGUGAACUACUUUUGUUGAUAUAUUGAUAAAUUGCUAGUUAAUGCAUGUAAAUAUCAGACACAAAAUUCUUGUCUACCUCUGUAUGGGGUGCUCUGCUCAUCAACCAUGGUACUACUAAUUUAAUAAAAUUUCAUGCUUAAAUGAAUUAGCAUUGCAUAAGCCUGUUGUCCUUGUGUGGUUUAUCGUCUUUUGGAGUUCAUAUUGCAGUUCUGUACUUCCUUUUCCAAUUAACACCUUACAAUUCUUUUCUCAUUGUUCAUUUGCACAUGAUAUUAAGUUGCUCGUUGAGAAUACGUGGGACUAUCUCCACUAGUUCCCUUGUCAACUCAUCCCGCUAAUCCAUCUCUUUAUAUCGACGUGCUUAAUAGCAGAAUGGGGAGGUUUUUGUUCAUGUAACAGGUCGAUGACAUUUUAAUUACUGCAGUUCUUGAUAGAGUAUCUGUAUAUUCGUCUUUGCAAUAUAAGGGUGUGCAGUUCUGAUAGCAUGUCUUUAGUAAUUUUGGACUUGGUAUGUGUUAUGCCAUGUUAAUCUUUUUUGCUUAGUGUCCUUGAGGAUUUAAGCUCUCUACACUUUGCAGCCUGAAGCAUAGUUGGGAAAUCUGUCGCUAAUCUUCAUUAUCGAUAAGUAAAUUGCUGUACUAGUACAACUUUACUAAAGAAAAGCUUAGAGCUUACAUCUGUUUUAUGCAUCAUUUUGCUGUCAAUAGCUAAUCAUGGUGGAGUUCCGAUGAACAAGAAACUUCACAUAAAAUUUUUGCCUCAGAAGUGGAAUUUCCGUCUCCUUGCUGUCGCGAGAUGAAGUCUUUGGAUCCAGACUUACAAGGCGAGACAUUGCGGUUGACACAUUCUAUUAUUAAUUCACAAGACGAAAUGACUACCUCGGAGAAAACAAAUUCUCAAGAUCAAUGUGCCUCCUCAGAAUACGUUCAUGAUGAAAGAUAUGGGAGAGAUAUGCAAGCUCAAAUAAAGCCUGCUCUUUUUUCGUCGCAGAAUGAAGUGGCCCAUUCAACUGGUUUCUCUCCUUUUGGUUACUCUGAUCCCUAUAUGACUGGCUUAUAUACUGCUUAUGGACCUCAAGCUUUUCCACAAAUGAUGGGGAUAGCGCCUACCCGCGUCCCACUCCCCCUAGAUCUUGCAGAGGAUGGACCAAUUUAUGUAAAUGCAAAACAGUACCAUGGGAUCAUGAGGCGGAGACAGAUACGUGCUAAGCUUGAGGCUCAGAACAAACUUGUCAAAAAUAGAAAGCCAUAUCUUCAUGAGUCACGGCAUCUUCAUGCAGUGAAUAGAGUUAGAGGGUCCGGAGGACGUUUUCUUAGCUCAAAGAAAGUGCAUCAAUCUGAUCCAAAUAGUUACCCCACUAACGCAAUUUCUUCUCAAGACUCAGUUGAGCGCGAAAAUUCAACUUCUGCUUUCUCAAGUGUCCGGAAAGAUGUCAACAAUGGCGUCAGCUUCCAGCAGCAACCUGAUCACAGGGCCUUUGGUGUAUCCUCUCACAUGGCUAUUACCAUGCAAGGCAAUGGGAAUCAGCAACGUGCUCCAGUUGUCCGGUGAUAAUUUCUAACUGAACAAAGAUAGUCACCGGCAGGCAACUCAUCCUUGGCUUUAUCCUUUCUAUUAAGUAUCUGUGGUUUUUGUAAGUGUCAAAUGGAUUCCACUGUUGUAAUAGUGAAUUUGGUUUGUUAAUCCUAGAUUUGAACCUAGAUUAUGGAAAGGAAGUUUUUUGUUCUGAAUUAGUCGUCUGUUUUGCUGCACGUCUGCACCUAGCAUGAAAUGGUGUAUGCAGUGGAAGUUGUUAAUGAAACUGAAAAGAAAAGAAACGAAAUGUUGCUGUGUUUUGAGUGGAACAAGAUGUUGAUGUAUAUUUGCCAAAUUUAAUCAGAAAAAGUUGUGCAAUGUGUUCAGUGGA